AUGGGCUUUUUCGACCACCUCCAAAAAGGAGGGGCCUUCUCUCUGCAGCCACAGAAGACUCAGAUCCGCAAAGUCGUUCAAAAAGCCCCGGCUGCCCCGACACGGUCGACAACACAAAUUCCGAACUCGCGGACCCCUCGAGUCCAGUCGUCGUCGGAACGGAGCCGCAAGACGCACGCGCUCAAAGCCCGAUCAGUCUCGAGUGACGCGGAUGCUCGCCCCUCCAAGCGACUCACCCCUCCUAAUCGCAUACGGAAGCGACUGACCCCGGAGACUCGGCUUUCAAGCGACGACGAUGCCAGCGACAGCGAUACCUCGUUCGAAGUGCGCAAGCGUGCACGCACGAGCGCCAGCGCGGAACCCGAUCCCGAUAGACGGAUUCGCUCGGUGAAGGCAUUUUCUGAUGAAGGGACUCGGCCGUUUAAGAUGGUGCAUGCUGUGGAUAUCACGUCACGUCAGAAAGCAGGGAAAUUUAAGCCGGCCUUUGGCGUCGAGGGCAAGCCUACGGAGAUCCUCUUGCAGUAUCCUAGUGCUUCGCAAAAAGAGCGAUUCGACUCCAUGAUACCAAAAGACAACGAGGACUUCCGGCCCAUCGACGACAUCGUUCAGGUUAUCGAGACCGUCUCCGACAAUUACAUACCGGCUGAAGAGGCGGAUGAGUUCAAUAACGAGACCAGUGGGAUCAGACGGCGACUGCGUCGUGCUUUGGCUGUGACAUCGGAGAGCCAGUUCCGCGAGGCCGUCGAGGAUUACAACAAGGCGAUUCAGCGGUUGAGAGAGAGCGGUAGCCUUGCGAAGCAUCUAGACACAACACAGCUCAUCAGUUUACCUUGGGUCGAACGAAUUCUGACCCAAAUCUAUGCGCGAACGGUGUCACCCCGAGUUGAAUCUCUCCGACAGUACGAGAACGGCACGGACAACGUGUACGGUGAACUUCUCCCCAGAUUCAUCAGCAAUAUCUUCAAGGAGACCAAGUUGAAGUCAGGUCAGGUCUUCGUUGAUCUCGGCUCGGGCGUGGGCAACGUUGUUCUUCAAGCAGCGCUUGAAGUUGGCUGCGAGAGUUGGGGUUGCGAGAUGAUGAACAAUGCGUGCGAUCUCGCCGAGCUGCAGCAAUCCGAGUUCAAAGCCCGCUGCCGUCUCUGGGGAAUCGCACCGGGCAAGACGCAUCUAGUGCGCGGCGACUUCCUGGAACAGGAGAGUAUCGUCAACGUGUUGAAGCGAGCAGACGUGGUGCUUAUCAACAACCAAGCUUUUACACCCCAGCUUAACAACGAGCUGAUCAAUCACUUCCUCGACAUGAAAGAAGGUUGCAAGAUAGUUUCUCUCAAGUCGUUUGUCCCGGCCGGCCACAAGAUCCAGUCGCGCAAUCUCAACUCCCCGAUCAACCUCCUCAAGGUCCAGCAGAAGAACUACUGGUCAAACAGUGUCAGCUGGACCGAUGUCGGCGGCACCUACUUCAUUGCCACCAAGGACAGCUCUCGACUGAAGAGAUUCAUGGAGAACUCGCUCUAG